AUGGGGCCACUAAGAAAGACAGAACCCUGGCAAGGAACUCAGGGGAUUAAAAUGAACUGUUUACUCACAGUAAGGAAUAUUUCCAGGGUAGCUGAUUCUCCCAAGCAGGAAGUUUUCCACGCUGCUUCCUAUUUUCCCAGGUGUUUAACGUCCAAAGAAGAUGGACUUGGAGAAAUUCAUUCACACCUACACCCACACAAUCAACCCUACACUGUGAGUAACCUGCCUUAUAAACUGGCAGCCUGGACCAGGGGUAAUCUCUUCUUACAGCAGUCCCAUUGGAAGAAACUUUCUGAGUUCUACCUCACAGAAAGGGCAGAAGCAAUACAAAGUUACUCAAAUUUUGUUAAUAACACUUUUAUUCACAAUAACCUUUAA